AUGCCUGCAGAGAAAACCACAAUCAAAGCAGUGUUCUUCGAUUUCAUGGGCACAUGUCUCGACUGGCACAGUAGCGUGGCUCAAUCAUUUCCACCCGCAAUCACUAAAGACGAUGCAUCCAAGCUAGCCCUGGAUUGGCGCAGAUUCUACUUUAUCGAGAACAACCAACGUUUGCUGCAAGGCUGUGAUCCCGAAGAUAUCGACAUUACCCUUUCCCGAGUUCUUGAUCAAGUGCUCGAGCAAUAUCCAGAACAUAAACUCCACAUAGACUCCGAGGUCAAAGAACAAAUGAUCGCGGCGUGGCAUGCCCAGCCCGCUUGGCCAGAAGUGCAGAAAGCGAUUCAGACUAUACGAGAAGAGCUGGAUCUCGAGGUCUUCGUCCAUGCAAAUGGUACGACUCGUCUGCAGCUUGAUCUUACUCGCUCAUCAGGGUUGGGCUUCAAUAUGUUAUUUUCGAGUCAGUUGCUAGGGGUAUACAAACCCAGUCCCGAAGCGUACAAGAAGGCAUUGCAGCUUGUCAAACUCCAGCCAGAGGAAGUGGUGCUGGUCGCAGCCCACGCGUAUGAUCUUCGAGGAGCUCAGAGCGUCGGAAUGAAGACCAUCUAUAUCCAUCGGUGGACUGACGAUAUUGAUGAGGAUAUGGAGAAGGUGAGGAAGGAGUUUGAUGUGUUUUUGGAAAAUAUGGAAAGGCUUCCUGCUGCCAUUUCGAGAAUCAUGUAA